GAGAACACGGCCGGAUCGUAGCGAACCGCAGUUGCAUAGUAAUUACUCGCCGCUGCCACUCACUUACCGUUUCGCGCAGCUCCUCCGUCCUCUCCUCCUCGCAGCUACACCGACCCAUGGCGACGACCUAACCCUAGGCGCCACCACUCCACCGGCGCGCGUCUCCGCCUACGGCAGGCAGCAGCCCCCUGAACAAGUGCUCCCGCGAAUUCCGAUCUUUAUACAACCCAGAGUUCUCUUUCGCUAGGGUUAGGGGUUUGGAGCCGCUGCCCCUCUCUCCCAGCCCCGAUGGCCGAUCUCGGCAGCUUCAGCAGACGGCGGCAGCCGACUGCUGCGGAGGUGGUGGGGCGCCUCAAGGAUGACGGCGAUUUCGACGCCCUCCGCCGCGCCAUUGUCCGCAAGGUCAAGGACAACGAGGUGCUACGCAACAGCAUAAUCACAGAAGUGAAGCAGUCAAUGGUACUAAGUGAAGAUGGCUCUGAAAAGCUAAAGCUAAAAGAACUCUCUGAUGCGAUUUUUCAAGACGUAGGGAGCAAAAUAAUGGGUCAAAUCUCAGACGAGGUGUGGAGUGUCAUCCAGUCAGGUGAAACUGAUAUCCGAGGAAGCGUGGAAGCUGUCUUCGAUAGGAUAAUGAACCCUGAACAGCAACAGGACACAGGGCCUUCUCCGAAGAAGCUGAAGGGAAAUAGAAAAGGAGAGCAAGCUUCGCCAGCAAAAGCACCAGCUCCUGUUUCUGUCCAGGUGGAAGAUGAUGAUCCAGAGGAACCACCAGGGUUUGGUUUGAGUGACCUUCAGCGCAGCAGCAUCAUAGUAAAGCAGGAGAAGCCAUGUGAUGAUGGGCAGAAUCAUGCCCAAGUGAAACCAAAUGGUGGUGAGCUAGUGGGCGCUGGUAGCUUGGGGGAUGCCGAUGAUGAGGAUCCUGAUGUGCCUCCUGGAUUCGGUUAACGGCUCUGCAAUCUUCCAUGACAUCUUUCUGUGGCAGCAACGCGCGAGAAGAUUUGUGCUUGCUGCUUGAGAGGUGUAGUUGUUCAUAUGAUGAACCUGGAGUCAUGAAAGUGACCUGUACAUUCUGUGAUGGUGGCAACUGCCAAAGUUCAUGCGCCCUUGGCUUUAGCUUUGUUGUGCUAAUCAGAAGACAUAUUGACAAUAGGCUAAAUGUUUUCCCCAAACAAUUGAGUAGAUUGUGGCAUAUUUUGUUUUCUGAGCGGUGGUAGAUAUGUUGUUCGUCUAAUGACUAAAGGUGGUUUAAUUAUUUUGAGAUAA